AUGCAAUCAUACAAUAAAAACAAAUGUGAGGGCAAGCGUGUUGCUGAGACCUUGAUGUUUGACUAUCAUCGGCAACAUGGGAUAGGCCGUUUCCUUGCUGAGCUGACAAAGCAAGUGUUUUCUGAUCUUUCUGCCAGUAAAUAUCAGAUGGCUGAGCACAGAAUAUCAAAAUAUGGCAAGAAGCAAAGUGAGUGGGACCAAAUGGCUAGUUGGAUAGUGAACAAUGAAUUGUACAGUGAGAAUGUUGUAUGGUUGAUACAGCUGCCACGGCUGUACAAUAUAUACCAGGAAAUGGGAUAUAUUGUACAUACUGUAUCAUUAUGUGAUAGGUUCAAGAUGCAUCCAGUGGCCAUGAAAUUAGAAGGGAGUCCAUAGGAGAAGGAGUUCAUCCAGAUUCAACUAGUGAUCAAGAAAUUGAGCACGCUCCAGUACUCACCAAGCCCUCUAGUUAAUGAUAAAUAGUAUUGUGGUCAAGUCUGCUUUUGAACAAUAUUAAGUUUGGGAAUGUUUCUUCCAGAG